GGCACUUUAAUGAAAGAUGGGACUUGUUAACUUAAUGAACGGAUUGAAAGCCGAAACCUUCUCAAUUUGAGUUCCCGCCAUCUCGAAAUAAUGGUAUAUUUAUUGAAUCACUCCCUCGUUCAAUCAAUUAUUCAAUUUUAGGGUUUCUUUCUCUUUCUCUGUAUUGGGUUUCUUUCUCCGGCGGGAAAUUAGUUCCGAUCCAGCAAUCUGCGGCGAACAGAUAUGCCGGCGUCGACGUCGCUCUCCUCGAAACAUCAUACACUAAUUCAAGCUCUACUAUCCCGGGGACCACUCAAGGAAUCUGAAUUUCGCUCCAUUUUUCACAAAGUCACUGGAAAAUCUCCAGAUCAUCAGGUAUUCAAUGAUUACGUUUCCGACAUAAACGAUGAAUUAAGUUAUGUUCAACUUGAAUUGCGCAAAUGCCUAAAUCAAUACGACGGGAAGGCGUAUUAUGGUGUGGUCAACACUGUUUCAGAUGAACACUCCAAGCUUGGAACUAAAUACAGUGUUCCUCAAAUUGCUUUAUAUAAAGGAAUUCUUGAAGCUAUUGUUCAAGAUACGGCUGGUGAAGGUAGCAUUUCCAACAUUGAUGCUCUUAACAUAAGGCUGGAGAACCAGGUUUUAAGUGGAGUGGAUUCACAGUCACAGGAUAAUUCAACUGAAAUCCCCUCCGCUUUGAAGAACUUCAGCAUGUCCCAAAAAGAUAAAACUCUUGAAGAGUUUGUGCACGACCAGUGGCUUUGUUCAAUAUCUGAUGGACGGAUUGGACUUGGGGUCAGAUCCUUUCUUGAUUUACGAAGUUGGUUCCAUGAUAAUGAAGUUCCCACUUGUCAAGUUUGCAACGAGGCGGCAGUAAAGGCAGAAUUUUGCCAAAAUGAGAAUUGCAACACGCGAGUGCACCAAUCUUGUCUGAAAAAGUUGUUUUCUCUAGCAGGGGUUAAAAGAGUUUGUCCAGGUUGUGGUACACAAUGGCGUUUAGUGGCUAAAAGAGAAGCUACAGAGGAACAAGAAGCAGAUGAUCAGGAUGGUCCCUCUGAGAACACGUCGCAGCCUGAUCCCUCUGCAGGAAAGAGGCGAAGGACCUCCAAAGGAGUUGAUCGCAAUACCCAGGAGUCAGAUUCUACUAUAACUUCUUCAACCCUUUCUGGCUCGAGGAGGUUAACUCGAAGUUCCGCCAGGCGCGCUGCUGCUGCUUAAGCCUUAAUGUACAUUCUGUUAGUUUUGCUUGGUUCCAGCUUUCCUUGGAAACACUGCAUCCGAAACCUAAUAUGCGGAAGCUUUUGAACUUCGCUUUCUUGGCUCCUGUUAAUUAUCUUUUGUAUGUGUAUAGUAGGAGUAUAUAUCUCAAGCUCAAAGUAAGUUGCCUAGCCUAUGGGAGAGCUCAAUAUCUGCAGAAUGAGAAUUAGCCUUUGGUGUGUCUGUUUA